UUGGACCGAGCACUCGUCUAAGCUCGUGUCUUUAGCACCAGCAGCAGUGACCGCCGCGUCGUCGGCUUACCCGUUCUGGUUCCAGCGGGGGUAAAAAUGCGGUACCUCCUCUUCGACCGCGGGUUCCUCUGGUUAGCCCCGGUCGGGCAGCUUCGCCAGGAUCUCCUCUUAACCUUUGACGGCGUCAAGAACUUCCCACGACUUGGCGCGACUGGCGAAUUAGUAACAAAGGACAACAGUAAAGAUACCGAAGUAGGAGAUCCAGAUCCACAUCCACUGUCACAGCAGGAGCUCCUCGAAGGCAACACUGCAGAUGAAAAUGAGGGGGACAACAGUGACAAAAAUGCAGAAUCAGAAUCUUCCUCGUCCAGUUCGGAAGAAAUAGAACCGGAUUCUGGAGUAGAAGGCACAAGCUUCCUCGCGACCCAGCAGGACCUAGCUGGUGCGAGGAGUGCCGCAUCCACUGCUGAGGACGAAGUGGUGGACAAGAACCACAUCAACACGGGUGCUCUGCAGGAGGACGCGGAGGAUGUUGGAGACUCCUGGGCGGACGAGGAAGACGAUCAGACGGAAGGCAGUUUUUCUUUUUUACGACAAUGCACAUCUUCCCCCUCUGCCCAUCAUUAGAAGUCAUGCAAAAUUAUACCGAGUGCCGCACCCACGCCAUUCAUUGCUUGGUUUGCCUCUUGGCAUUGCUUGCAUGAUGAAAGGUUUUGACAGCCCAAAUGCAACUGAACUCUACAAUGCGUAGAUUAUUUAGUCCGGCAGCAGCAAACUGUGAUGUUAAUGUUUAUGUCAUGCGCGGUAAGCUGAACCUGAAGCAGUGCCGGUGCUUGUUCUGCUGCCUCUGGUCUUCGUGCCGGUCGUGCCACGCAGUAGAUGGGGGAAACAAGGGGGGGCUGUGCCAUUCCACAUUCGGUCGUGAUUGACGAAAAGGCGACCCAGAGGACUAAAACCGCGCUCCGGGGAACUCGCGCCCACCUGAGCAGGACGAAAACAUCAACCACAGACGAGAGGAGACGGCGGAAACGGAGACGCGAUGAAAAGAGGCGGCGGAGAGACGAUGGGAGACGGAGGCGUCGGAGCGAGGAUGACAGACGGAGGCGGCGGGAGCCGCGCGCUCCUGAGGCCCCGCAGGUCGUCUCUGGCAGCGGAGGACAACCACCCGCCCCAGCACCGCAGCACACGACCGCCCCGGCUCCGCAGCAGACGACCGCCCCGGCACCGCAGCAGAUGACUGCCCCGGCUCCGCCGCAGAUGACCGCCCCGGCACCGCCGCAGAUGACCGCCCCGGCACCGCCGCAGAUGACCGCCCCGGCACCGCAGCCGAGCCCCGGCGGCGGCUUUAUGAACGCGUUAGUUGAAGGAGCGGGGCUCGGCGCUGGGUUUGCUGCUGGAGAUGCAGUUGUGGGAGCAGCCAUGGAAGGCCUCUUUGGAGGGGAGUGAUAGGUGAAUGGAUUUUCGCUGUGGAAGUUCAAGUUUCUUCAAAUACUCAGUAGAAGUAGGUUGGAUAAUACACAACGACUGAAAAUUUUGAUGACAUCCUGAGAGCUGUAUAAAGUGUUGACAUUGUUCUGUCUCUGACUCACCCAGGAAAUCUCGGUAAAGCACCACGCAGAAGAGGACAACUGAAAUAAAAC